GUCUUAAACAGUGGGGUUUCAUUCAUAAAUACUUUUAGCUUUAAAAUCCACAUUAAAGUGUUCACAGAAGAGUUUCAUGUUAUUGGCUUUGCCCCUCCACCCCUGCAUGGACCCGGCCAGCUGAGUAGCCAUGCAGCACUGCCGUCCUGUUGCUCCGAGGCCAGUGGGCCAGCCCUGAGGGUGAACGCUGCUGCUGCUGCUGCUGCUGCUGCUGCUCCGGCUCAGUUGGCUGGGUGGGCUGCUGAGGUGGCUGAGGAUGCAGCAAGGGAGCUGAGGAGGAGACUCCUGAGCCACAGCCUGACACACACAUCCAGAGCUCGCUGCUGCUGCGCACUGCCCUCCUUCAGGGGGGACUCUCUAGUUGGCCUGGACCAUGAGCAAUGAGUCUACCGUCUGGAACAUCCUACCAAAAAACUCCACAGAGAUCCCAAUCGAGGCCGAGGAGCAGAAAGAUGGCUACGUGCUGCUCCUGGUGAUCCUCUCCAUCUUCCUGGUAGGAACAUUGAUCUUCAUCUCUGUCUUCCUCAUCGCCUUCCGUCGCUGCUGUCGAGGAGGGCAAUGCUGUGCCAGGGCCAGCGAUGACCCUGAGAAAACCAACACCACCUACGUGGAGGAGUCUCAGCCCACCCAUGAAAUCACCAUCAGGGUGGAUGAGUCAGAGUGCCUGUCAAUGGCCAGCUCUCACGACCAGGAGACUGAGCGCUUCCUCUCCACGGGCACCACAGGCCGUCGUGUCUCCUUCAAUGAGGCUGCGCUCUUCGAUCACGGCAAGAAAGCCCAGGAGAAGGGCCGCAGGUACACUCUGACCGAGGGCGACUUUCACCACCUGAAGAACGCCCGGCUCACACACCUCCACAUCCCUCCCCCGGCUCUCAAGAUAGUCACCAUCCACGAGUGCGACUCGGCCGAGAACAGCAUCACCAUGACGACGCGCCCCGUCACUAAGUCGGCCCUCUCCAUCUUCCAGCCAAUGCUGUGCCCCCUGCCACAAACAGCGUUGACCAGCCUGAGCGUCAAUCCCAGCUGUGCCCUCCCUGGAGAUGCUCUCAAUUCUGUGGUGGACACCAGCUUCAGUGAGAACACUCUCGCUCUUGGCACCAAAGAGCCGAGCUCCAGCUCUAUUGAGAUGAUGGGAGCAGGGCCCCGGGGCAGAGGCAGCAGUGUCAGUGUUGGAGAGGGGGCUGCGUCGAGGAGCGCUGGUGCCCCUCUUGCUGGCAGCGGCGCAGGAAGCCAGGGGCCCGUUCUGCAGUUCUUCACUAAACUGCGGCGCCAUGCUAGUCUGGAGGGGGCCAGUCCCUACUUCAAGAUCAAGAAAUGGAAGCUGGACAGCAGCCAGAGAGCGUCGAGUCUGGACACCAGAGGCUCUCCAAAGAGGAGACAGUUCCAGCGCCAGCGAGCCGCCAGCGAGAGCAUGGACCAGGACGACAACGACGCGCACCACAUAGACCUCAUCCAGUACAUCGCCCGCACCCAGGACAUCGCCUACCGUCCCAGCCACCCCACCACACGCCUCCUCUCACCUCCCUCCACACCACCCCCCUCCCUCGGCAGGGUAGAGGUAGAGGUGAUGGUGGAGCCCAGCUGCAGCCACGGAGGACCAGGGGUGAUUGGCCUAUCCCCUGAUCCCCAAGACGAAGCACUGUCCCUGGCAAGAAGGGAAGGUGCAGACCCUUUGGAACCCCUAGAUCCCCAGGACCCCCAGUCACUUUACAAAGACAUCUGGACCCUACGUGCGUCACUAGAACAAUACGCCGCCUCUGACCAGAGCAGCAACAAUGACAGGAACUCUGUGUGCAGUGAUGCUGAAAGUGUGUGUUCGCUGGGCGGGCGCACGGAGAUGGAGAGAGGAGGGCUGCCCAGCUACCCGUCCCAGGAUUUAGGGGACGAGGCAGAGGGUGCAGACGAUGACAAGGACAUUUCGAUGUAUAUGGAGGAGAGGUUUGGGGUGAAGGAGGGAAGAAGAAGGAAACAGGAAAGCACAGAUUCGGAGAGAGGCAGUGACGGAGAAUCAGGGACUCGUAAAUUGCUGCAGAUGGACAGCGGCUAUGCGUCGAUUGAGGCUCCAACUCGUGGUCCAGAAGACCUGCGGCUGUUCGGGAGCAUGAGCGGCAGCCCUAAGGACAGAACAGCUCAUGAAAAAAGGCACCACUUUACCAACGCAGGGCGAACUGGCACUAUCGGUGAGAGCUUUGAGUCUCAUCUCUUUGAGGAGGAACCGGAGGAUGAGUUGUUGUUGGGUGCUAGUGGAGGAGUUUCCAUAGAAACAGGUGCUGGUUCACUGAGCUGGUUCCCAUAUGGUCAGAUGCUCACACCUCGAGAGGCUGCGCAGCCUUCACCUCAACCGCCAACGCUGCAUCGGCGAGACUACAGCAUAGAUGAGAAGACGGACGCCCUCUUCCAUGAGUUUCUCCGCCACGACCCUCAGUUUGACCAGCAAGAGUCACCGCUGAGGAAGCACCGGUCCCGAAUUCACCUCCGCAAGCAGUGGCAGCGCCACAAGCAAUGGAGCGACCCUGGUGUCAGACACUUCCAGUCCUCUUUUGACAGACAGAGAACCCCGCUACGGAGGGGUGAGAGCGUGAACUACCCACUGGACACAAGCUACCACAGCACGCUGCCCCGCAUCGUCAGUGCGCCUGAUGAGGAGGCCAGCGACGGGACCGGCAGCACUCCUGACACUCCAAAGGUAGAGCCUACGACUACUGAAAGUGGGCACAAGGACAGGGAGCAGGGUGUCACAGACACAGAGGACCGCACCUCCUCUUCUCCUCCACCACCUCUUCCACCCUCUGUCUCAGAGAAAGACAUAGGGCAGGGUGAGCACCCCGACUCUCAGGAGGACAGCAAACAAUCUGGACUCCCUCCAGAGCCCCCAGACGAGCGCUCGCCCCCUCAGCAGCACGACUCCUCAGGCUACGGCCCGCAGACCAUCACAGCAGAGCUCACAGACAAACUAACUGCUAACCUGGAUGAGAGGCUGUACAUGGGCCUUCGCAGGACCAAGGACACAGCCACUGAGUGCGUGACGGUGACGGCCACACACGCUUCUCCGGACCACAGCCCAGUGUAGCACGGCUCCAGUCGUCCUCCUCGUCAACCUCACUCCUGCUGAUACGCACUUUUCUUUUUGUUUGAUUUGUCUCGCCUCAGUUUUUUUCUUUGUACAGCUUGAAUGGUGUGAUCCAGACCCAUAAACUCACAACGGAAAGUAUGCUUUAAGUCAUCGUCCUACAUACAGCUGAUCCACUAGAAAUGCAGCCUGUCUGUCGUCAUGCCUGUUAACAUUACAAAGCUGUUCAGUGUUGCCGUUUUGCAUUUUUCUCUGAGAAAAGAUACAACUCAUAAUAACAAACAGAGCUAACAUAUCAAAUAUCAUAUGGUUUUAGUAAUAAUUGUUUCUUCAUCAGCUGUCUCUGUGUCUGCAGUCUGUCUCCGUCUCUACUGCUGUCACUCAUGUCCCUGUUCUCUGGUGUGAAUAAGUGAAGCUGUACUUGUUGAUCCACUGUGAAACCAGGUGCUAUUAGACGAGUAAAAAGCUACAGAUCUGGACGCAAUAGUUACCCUGCUAGUCCCAUCAUGCAUUAGUGGAAAAUAAGUAGUUGUAUCACUAUUCAUGAGCUUAAAAAUAAUUUAGUAUACCAUCAUUAAUCAAUCAAAGCUUUAUGCAUCCUUAAGUUGUUCCUACUGGUUGUUUAGGACAGUAGUUCCCAGCCUGUGGUGGUCCCACGAGAAGUUUGACAUGAUUAAAAAAUUAUUUAUUUCUUUUACAGAAAAUUAUGGUUUUCUUUUGGUUUGGUUUGUGUUGGUUUGUUGUUUUUUGGUUGGUUUUGUCGUAAGCGAUUAAUAGUUAAGGACGACUCUGUCCCCUAUGAAUCAGCAACUUCUAGCAGCACUUAAUAUUUUUCACACUGAUAUUGAUAUCAAAUGUUGUUAAUUCUACGAGCCGAUUUACAACAACCUGUCUAACUCAGUAAAGAUUGACAGCAUGGCAGCUCCCAAAAAGUGAAGCCAAAACAUCUCAAAUGUCCCCUGAUGGCUGGCUGCAGUGCAGGUCAUAAACUCCGCCCCCUCCAUGUCAGCAGAUAGGACAUGGUCCAACUUAAACCAUCAAAGUACAUGUUUAAUUAUUUGAUGUUAUAGACCCUUUUACUAUUAGUUAACAGUACGACGGUCUUUGGUGGGCGGGGCUUAGCUGGAGGCAAAACAGUUCUACACAGUCAUUAGCCAGUGCUAGCUAGCAAGUUCCGUUGGCUUGUUUUAGACGGUGGAGGAAGAUGAUGCGAGUGAAUUUACGAACGCACCAUGUCAGGUCACUCACUCUGCAGGACCGUGAGUGUUACUUAAAUAAAUAAACACUUACCAAACUGGCGAAAUGUAACAUUACGCUGUCACUUAGUUUGUUUUGCUAUCGAAGCUAACGUUAGCUAAUGCGCUAAAAAGUUAGCAUUAUGGAGAAAUCCAAUAUUUCUCUUAUUACCUCUCCAACUUCCGAUGAGGUGGACAUGAUAACACAUAAUACACAUACCGUUAUUCAUCCCUACAACAGGAAAUACUUUUCCCCUAACCUGAUAUGAAGUGUGCGCUGCACAUGGGAGCAUAUUUGAUGAUCGCCUCCGUCCAGUUCUUUCGUCUUAUCGCAUGUGACCAAAGUUUUCCUCGUUUUUAUUGACAGGCAGUGAUGGCUGGUAUGUGUUCAAAGGUUAAGUUUUGAGCCAUGACUCCUUCUAUUCUGGCUCCCAGUAACACAACAAGACGACAUUUUAAGACUCAUAUGUUGCCUACAGCCCUGUGGUGGAGUCAUGAUUUGCCUCCAGCUAACAAAAUGACAUCACUGUGACGUCGACCCUAAAAGGUUCUAUUGAAAGGGUGUUUGACGUCAUGAUUGACAGCUGUGUGUGUAAAUCAGUGUGCUCAUGAUCUAUAGCGCUGCUCGGGAUUGGGUCGGAUGUGUGUAUAGGCAGGAACUCAAUACAGCGGCUUCACGUUCUGAUUGCUACUGCACAGACUCCAAAUGAUGAAGAUGGCACUGUCUGUAUCUGGGAUAUUUUGGCUUCACUUUUGUACAAUGGGAGGAAGGGCAGACGUGUCGUCCAUCUUUGUAUUCAGUCUAUGGUCCAGUCACGUCCAUCUCAUCCAUGCCUGUUGCCAUUUUUGUGGCCUUUUUUCAUGGAUGCAGCUGGGUAGCUAUGUCGGAAGAUAGCCUCCCUAUUCUUCAUCCUGCCUUCAGUAGUCAAGUCAAGUCAUCAGGAGCCACAAGUAGACAGUGCUUGAUUUUAUGGGGCCACAAGCCAAAAAGGUUGGGAACCACUGGUUUCGAUUGAAUAACACAGUUUGCAAUGGCCAAAAAAGUUUCUCCCAUAAGGUGUUAUUUUGAAAAGAAGAUAUGCUUUGAUUGUCCUCAUUGCGUGUCUGACUACAGCCCAGUCGCCAGAAUGAAUAUUGGCAUUGUAUGUCACUGCAAUCCAUGGAUAUGUAGCAUUUGUACGUUAUUAUGUACUAAUGCGUGGUCACGUUUAGGUGCAGAAACCAAGAAAAGAUCAUGCUUUGUUUUAACAUCCAGUUUUGGUGGCACAAUCAUGGCUGGAAAUACCGCUGAUGUCACGUCUCUGUUCUCUAAAACAGAGGUGUGCAGCUUGGCAGAUAUCCAUCCCCUCCACCUCCCGAUGACCAAUUCAGCUCAUAUAAAUCUAAUCAGAACUACGUCACUUUACAAACUUUUAUAUGAUUCGUAUGAAACGUAUGAAUGUAACCAUGGUUUGCAGAAAUGUACAAUGCCAACCUUUUCUUCUGGCGACUGGUCAUGAUGUUUGUUGUUUCUGACUGAAAAUGCCUCUCAGCUCUGUGACAACUGUGUUUAUUUUUUAUUGGUUUGUUUUAUGACUUUUAAUAUAUUUUUGUACGUCUGCUUUGCUUAAAUGACAAUGAAAACAGAGAGCGCGGCAGGUUUGAAGAGGACAGGUUCUGCGCCAACAGACAGAACUAAACUCUUUAUCAGUCAUAGACACGAUCGUAAUCUCCAUAAGCUAUGACUCUUAGUACUCUAGGCGUCACUGACAUGACCUCUGUCCUGACAGGGAGAACAAACUCAGUCUCGUGCACAGGUUUACAGCCAUAAGGUGGGCAGUUACAUUAAAGCUAUGAGACAAGAUGGCUGCCCUCACUGAUGUUUGGUGUUUAUUGAAUUUAUAAGAAAGGCAUGCUUCCUUGUGCAUGGGACUCACAGAACAGGCUUGAUUUGUCCGCAUCUGACAUUCUUGUUUUCCCCUCUUCCUCUUCUUCUGCUGAGAAAGUUGACAGCGCAGUAGAUGCCUCCCUCGGGGGGGCCGAAGACUUCACUUCCUGUCGGCUUGUAAAACCAACAAAGACGUUGUUUGUAGUUAAGUCCACUUUAUUUCCCUCUCUUAUUUGGCGCUUGGUGAGAUUAAAACAAACUGCUACUGCCAUUUGAAUGGAAACCCCGAAAGCGAAUUACUUCCUGUGGGCAGUGAUUGCCAGAAUUAUGUUGAAAAUCCAUCUUUGCUCACAGAUCUCUGCUUUUACAUCCUCAGCAGCAGCAGCAGCAGCAGGUUGAUUGUAACCCAGUCACGCUCGUAAAAUCUCAUUCUCAGAGGGGCUGUUGGGCUUUCCGUCUCUCCCACGUGCAGCGAGGGGAGCCACUGCAGAAGAUGGUGUUGAAUAUUAAUCAUAACAAGAGAGGGGUUUCCGCCUUUCAUCCCCCGUCUCCCUUCCCUCGUUCUUUGAGGCCGUUACCAUGCAGUGCAUUGAAAGACCUGAAUAGCAAAUCAGGGGGAAAAGAACAUUAUCCUCCUCUCUUUGUUUGGGUGUGAUGAUGAUGAUGCUCCUCUCCAGCCUGCCUAGAUUAGAUCUCUCUCCGCUGCGUGACAGGAGUCUCCUCUUGUGGCUAAGUGCAGAAGCUGCGUUCCUCAUUAGGAGAGCAAUGACUGAGAUGAAAGGACUCAAAUAAGGAGGAGAGAGGUUUCUUUUUUUUUUUUGCUCCCCUCACACACACAUUAUGUCACCAUGAAACACAAUGUGCUCCGGCACAAUUUUGUGCAAUCAAACGACGUUCUUUUUAUGGCGGAGCUAAUCAGCAGAAAGGAAAUUAAUCCCCCUCAUGGUUAUGAUGGAACUGAUGAGUCCCUGAUGAUAAUAAUUACUCAGCAAAUUCUGACAGGGUUGGAGACAGGAAGGGGGAAGA